UCAGAUGGAAGAUAAUCAAAAGCCGAUUUUCAUUGGCUUAAACACAUUAACUUGGACCAAUCACACGAGAGUUUAUAACAAUAGGAAGAGUGAGUAGAACGUUUAAAUCGCGCAGCCUAAUCAAUGAAUGAAAAGGUAAAUAAACAAUAAAGGAGGGCCGACAAGCGCAGACUUGGCUGUGUAGUGUUGACAGGCCGCCCUCCUCCUUUUCCUCUUGGGCAAAAUAACACCAUUAACUACUACCAGCUACCGCGAUAAAAGAAGUUAUGUUUAUCCAUAAAAUGCUGUUGACCUAAAAGCAGUAUUUAACUUUAAUGAGAAUUUUAGAUCAUAUUCGGAUAGAAAAUGCAUCGAAUUGCAGUAUCAACUACAAGGCCUUGGCUUUGCAACUGCUCCUGUAACUUGCAAGCCUUAAAUCUCACAAUGCAAAAUACAGUUGUCAGGUAUGGCACUUUCUCAAGGCAGCGGUUACUUGUAAGCAACUCCUACGUAGUCAUUAAUCCCACAUGGAAAGGCAUUGAGCUCAACGGGACAAACGUGCGCUGUAUGUCUACUUCAGGACAACCUCCUGACUCCCAGGAUCCAAAGAAAGAUGUGCGCAGCUCAGAUCCCAAUGUGCUGAGAAAGGAAGAUAUGAAUAAUAACAAAUUUAAGUUUGAGAAGGUUUUUAGCCUCAUUUAUGAAAAGGGACACCAAUAUCAAUCUUAUGGAGAUACUUUAAAACAGAAGAUGGAGACGAGCAAGGCUUUAUUGAACUCAAAAAUAAAAAGAAAGGAGGGAGAGAAAUGGACAGAUACAUUCAACCGCUGGUAUGAGAAUUAUCAAGAUUUUGUUGGAAUUACUGACCUUAAAAAAGCUCAGGACAAAGUCACUGGGUUAUCAGAAACUCUUCUGGAGACGCAGAGCAAAAGGAGAGAAUUUCAAGUUGAAAUUGAGAAACUUCAGGAGAACCUCAUCAUCAAUCAGCAGCGUAUUACCAAGACGGAGCUCUACUCAGAUGAGCAUUACACACUAUUUGAUGAGGCUAGAGAGAUGAAUGCAAGUUUAAAGACACUGCGUGGGGAAUUUCAAAUAUGUGAGCGUUUAGAACGAGAUACCUUUAGCCAGCUCUCAGCUGCUAUCCGUGACUGCCAUGAAAGAGAACGGUUUCAAGCGGAACAGAGCAAGUAUUGGUCAAUUAUUGCAUCACUGGUAUCAGCAGCUCUUGCAUCGAUCAUCACAUCCAUCAAUAACUGGGUGAGAAUCCGAGAAGUGAAGGAGCAUGUGAACACCAACAGCAAACAGCUGAUGGCCGGGUAUAUUCAGUUGCACAGUGAUGUCAUCAGUAGCAUCUCAGGAAAGUUGAAUGCUGCUAGCACCAUAACCACAGAUGAUAAGAGCAACCAAACAGAUAUUCCAGGGUCUAGUACUACUCAAAGCAAGACAGUUGUUCAUCAAGUAUCUGAAAAACAAAGUUCCCAAAGUGCAUUUAAAUAUGAACUGGCACAUUUAACAAAUUCAGUUGGCAGUGUUAAAAAAGACAUAGACAAGCUAAUAACAGAUGUUAGGUCACUGAAAGAGAACAUGUCUGCAUUAAUCAGAGCUGAAGAACAAACCAUUAAGAGUGAUGUUGCCUCUCUCUUGUCUAAAGAAAGGAAGCUUCUUUCCAAACAGAUGAACUCUCAGUUUGAAUCAGUAUUUGCUAGGCUAUUUCUGACAUCAGAAAAUAAUGGGGAAGAAUCCAAGAAUUCCCUUCCAUUUACUUUAGAUGACCGAGGGACGCCAGAAAUAUAUGUUGUUGAGUAUAGCUACUAUCAAAUUUUUACAUUUAUGGCAGUUGGAGCAGGUAUAGGGAUGUCAUUUGCAGCUAUUCUGUCUAAAUUGUUUUCAAAUGGGUAACCUUUAUGUUAUCAAUUAUGCCGGGUAGUAUGUGUAGGUGCCAUUAUAUAAAUUAGUAAUAUAAGUAACAAGUGAAAUAAAAGGCACUCACACUGUUAAGCCAGGCAGGUAGCUGUUAGCAGCAGAUCUUGAACAAAUUCCAGGCAGACUUUAUAUGAUAUCCAGAUUCUUUUGGCAUGGGAAUUUUAUCAGUGAAUUAAACCCCUUGUCUCAUAAAUAUAUGAGUGUGGGAAUAAGUGUGAGGUGAGGGUUUAUGUUAGUGCUUGUAAACAUAUGCAUAUAUAAUAUAAUGUGUAUAUAUAGAAUACAUACAUACACAAUAAUGUGUUUCUAUAUUGCUCUUAAGAAUUUCUCAGAGAGUAAUGCAUUUAUAUUCCCAUAAGCAGAUAGUCUAGUCACUGUAUUACUCUGAGUCAUCAGAUAAAACAAAAUUAAAUGUAAGUUGGUGAUAUCAUCCAUCCAGUUGUACUAAUUUACAACCUUUACUGUUAUAGUAGAGAAGUAUGACUUAUAGUAAUGGUGACUACAUAAAUAGAUGUCCAGUGCUUGAGGGGUGUGGCAGGCAAAGACUUACAUAAUGAUAAUGGCGAAAUUAUAUUGCGGAAUUUACAGUAGGUUUAACUAAAUGAACAUAAGAAAGUAAUAGAUAAUACACUUUUUUUUUUGGAUGUUAUCAUAUCCAGACUUUUAUAAAGAGAAAUCUUGUAUUACAUUUUUAUAUCUACAUGUUUAAUUCCUUGUGUAAUGGGGAAAUAAAUAUAUAGUCAAUG